UCUUCCUAGGAGCAUCCCACGGUGUGGGAAAACCUGUCUCCCCCAACCCCACCCCCACCCCCACCCCCACCCCCUGGGGCUGGGCCCUCCCCUACUCCUCUGCGCUGUGGCUGCGCGAGCCCGAGGGACUGGAACCUUCGAGGGACAUGGCGAGCCCGGUAGCCCCGGCGGGAGGCCCUCGGAACGGCCCCCCCCCCGAGUGGGGGGGCUUCGAGGAGAAUAUGCAGGGUGGAGGCUCAGCUGUGAUUGAUAUGGAAAACAUGGAUGACACAUCAGGAUCCAGCUUCGAAGACAUGGGGGAGCUUCACCAGCGACUUCGUGAAGAGGAAGUGGAUGCUGAUGCAGCUGCUGCUGAGGAAGAAGAUGGAGAAUUCCUGGGAAUGAAAGGUUUUAAGGGACAACUAAGUCGACAAGUGGCUGAUCAAAUGUGGCAGGCGGGAAAGAGACAGGCCUCCAAGGCCUUCAGCCUCUAUGCUAAUAUUGACAUCCUCAGGCCUUACUUUGAUGUGGAGCCUGCCCAAGUUCGAAACCGGCUCCUGGAGUCCAUGAUCCCUGUCAAGAUGGUCAACUUUCCCCAAAAAAUUGCUGGAGAGCUCUACGGGCCUCUCAUGCUGGUGUUCACCCUGGUCGCCAUCCUUCUUCAUGGGAUGAAGACGUCUGACACCAUUAUCAGGGAAGGUACCCUGAUGGGCACUGCCAUUGGCACCUGCUUUGGCUACUGGCUGGGUGUUUCAUCCUUCAUUUACUUCUUGGCCUACCUGUGUAAUUCGCAGAUCACCAUGCUACAGAUGUUGGCACUACUGGGGUAUGGACUCUUUGGACAUUGCAUUGUCCUCUUCAUCACCUACAACAUCCAUCUCCACGCCCUCUUCUAUCUCUUCUGGCUGCUGGUCGGUGGGUUGUCCACCCUGCGCAUGGUGGCAGUGCUAGUGUCUAGGACUGUGGGACACACACAACGGCUACUUCUUUGCGGGACCCUGGCUACCCUGCACAUGCUCUUCUUACUCUACCUGCACUUUGCCUACCACAAGGUGGUGGAGGGAAUCCUGGACACCCUUGAGGGUCCCAACGUUCCCCCCAUCCAGAGAGUCCCUCGGGAUAUCCCCAUUGCCGGGCUCCCUAUUGCUGUGCUCAAUGCCACAGCCAAGGCUGUUGCCCUGACCCUACAGCCUCACUGACCCCAUCCCAGUCCUCUCACAUACCCCCUCCAAAUGCACUCAGCUUGCUGAUCCCCACAGCAUCGUGGGAAGAGGAUUAAAGGACAUUGUUGGUGA